ACAUAGUAUAGGUUGUCUGAUUAGGAAUCAGAGGUUAAGGAGAAGAAGGCAAGACAGGAGAGGCAGGUAGAAAAUGGUGAAUCAGAAUCCGGCGGUGGGGUACGGAGCAGCUGCGCACGUGCCACCUGGACCAAGCAUAAGUCAGCCAGGGAUUGUGACAUGCUAUAUAUGUGGGAAGAGUGACCACUAUGCCAGGAAUUGCUGGGCUGGGGGGAAUGGGCGCCCCCCUCAACAGUUCCAGCAGCAAGUACCGAUGGGCGGUUUGGAUGAGGAAGCCAAUGAGAUGCGGGCAUAUUUUCGAAAGAAAAUUCAAAAACAGAAAGCUGCGGAAGAAAGAGGAAUCCGAGAAGAAGAGGAGAGAAGGCGUAGAGAGGAAGACGAUAGGAAAAAAGCGGACAGGCUACGAGAAGCCGAAGCGCGGGAAGCAAGACUCGAAGCAAGGUUGCUCAGACUGAUGACUCAGCAAACAAAAGCCGCCUCUAAAGUGGUACCUAUGCCGGAGAAAAAGAAGUCGCCAAAUACGAAGGUGAGAGUUCUCAGAGAAAUACGGAGUUAUUUGGAUGAAUCGGAAGAUGAGAGUGAUGAGGUUAGGGAAGAAGCUGGACGUUUGAUUGACGCCAUAGAAAGGAGGAAGGGGAAGAGGAAGAGUAUUGAAGAGAAGCGCCCAGCAUCUUUGCGGAUGAAGACGAACAGAGCAGCACCGAUAUUAGUCCAAGAUGACGGUUCCAUGGAUGAAAUGAGGACUCCUCCAGCACGGAGGAAUGAAGACUUCGGGGCAAGUAACGGAGAGAUUCUCAACUUUGCACUCGAGAUGCACCAGCAGUUGUCUGCCAAGCGCGCGCCCGAACUCCGGAGGAUCUGCAAUGAAGAAGGGGUUGAAUGGACGAAAAAAUAUGAAGCUGUCACUGAGCGAGUAAGAUGUCGGACAAGGCUUGCAUACGGAGAACCGACAGAAUCCAUUUCGAGAAGAAACCAGCCGUUACCUCAAACACUGAUCUCGACCGGAGGGGAAAUAUGGAUUGAUAGAUGGAAGGUGGUGAGAUCUAAAGUAGGUGAGAGUGUCGUGACCAUUCAGGGACGAGACAAUCAGAUUAAGGAAUGCAAGAAGGAGUUUGAAGCAGGUGGAAUUUUUCGCAUCUUACGAAUCGAGAUUAUGCCGUCUAGUAUUGAACAUCGAAAGUAUAUCCUGAGAGAUCUCUUGAGGCAGCCGUGGAGGAUUAAGUUGUUGUAUAGGAAGAAUGCUAGGGAGAUGUUGGCCCUAUACAUGACGGCGUCACUAUUUGGAAAGAAGAUUACGAGACUGCAGUUGAAGAUGAAGAUCGCGAAGGCUGUGAGAACAGUUCAUGGCACCGACAUCAGGAAGAGGCCACUGCUGAAGAUUCCUUUCACCACAGUCGUAGGUACAGCGAAACUGAGAAGCACGACCGCAAAGGUAAUUGGGGAUGUAGUGUGUGAACCGCACUUACGAGCGUACCUGGUCCAAAGAAUGCGUCUACUAUACACAAGGAAUCCAACGGUUGGACAGAUUAUCCACAGCCAGCGAACGUGCUCCAAUGCCAAGGAGGUGCAAUGUACCUGCGCAGGUUACCGGUGGCCCAGGUCACGUGGGCAUGUUAAGUGUAAUCGAGGCAAUCUCGUGGAUCAACGAGCUCCACCAACGGAGGGGUCUGGUGGGGGUAAGGGUCAGCCAGAGGGGAAAGAGUUGUAUGAUGGCGCGAAAUCAUCGGAAGAGCGAAGGUUUUAUUCUGCUGACUUUCCAGUUGAUAACGAGAGCAGUACGAUUCGAACUUGAACAUACUUAUAUCUGGUGUGCUGGACAGAUUUUGAAACAAGUGUUUGGAAUUCCUAUGGGGAGGAAUUCCAGCCCAGCGCUGGCGUGCUUAGUGUGUGUGCGAGCUGAGACGCAAUUUUUGAGUACAUUAGGGAGAGAAAUACGGUUAGUAAAGGGAAUGCGAAUGA